AUGGAAGAAAAGUUAAAUGAAAUGGAACAAGCUGGUAUCAUCACAAGGACAUCAACGCCUUACAGUAGUCCAUUGACAUUCACUCUUAAAAAAGACGGCUCAAUUAGAGUUCUGCUUGAUGCCAGAAGCAUAAAUAAGAAAAUGGUUGCAGAAACAGAGAAACCACCUAUACAAUUAGAUGUUUUGAAUUCAUUUCACGGAGCGAAUUAUAUCACUACCAUUGACUUAAAUAAUGCAUAUUUUCAAAUUCCGAUAAAUAAAGAUGGUAGAAAAUAUACUGGAUUCACAUUCAAUGGAAAGUCAUAUGUAUAUAAUGUUUUGCCGCAAGGAUUAAAAACAUCAGUAGGAAGCUUUAGCAGAGCCAUGAAUUUAAUAUUAGGACCAGAAGUCCAAGAAUUUUGUGUGAACUAUUUAGAUGAUCUAGCCAUUAUUACAACAGGAACGUUAGAUAAACAUUUGGAGCACAUUGAUAUUGUUUUAAGUAAAUUGAACAAAGCUGGCUUAACGUGUAACUUGCAGAAAUGUGAAUUUAUUUGUAAAGAAAUUAAAAUGCUGGGUUUUAUAAUUUCAACAGAAGGCAUAACGACAGACCCCGAUAAGAUUCGAGCGAUCCAAGAGUUUCCAGCACCUAAAAAGAUUAAACAAUUAAGGGCCUUUUUAGGUCUAUGCAAUUUUUAUAGAAGGUUUAUACCAAAUUACAGCGAGAGCAUAAUACCGCUCUGUGAAUUACUUCAAAAGGGACGAAAGUUCCAAUGGAGCGGUAAAGAACAGAAGGCAUUUGAUUUUAUAAAAUAA